UCGAGCACUCUACUAGCAGAUAACUUUGCUCAUUGCCAGGUACUGCAUGCACAGACCACACCACUUGCUAUGCAUCCCUCCGCUGCCAAGUUCUUGCUUCUUCUCGUGGCCGCCGCCUCGAGCUUCUUGUCGGUGGCAUCGCAUGGACUGCCGCCGCGGCAGCUCAAGCGGAACGCGAGCUGCUUGCCGCACGAGAGGGACGCGUUGCUGGCCUUCAAGGAAAACAUCACCAGCGACCCUGAAGGCAUCCUCUCGUCGUGGCGACGAGGGCGGAAGGACUGCUGCCGGUGGAUGGGCGUCACCUGCAGCAACCAAACCGGCCAUGUCCUCGAGCUUGAUCUAAGCUAUAGAAAUUUGACAGGCCAGAUAAGUCCUUCCUUACUGUCUCUAGAGCAUCUGGAGCACUUGGAUUUAGGCGGCACAUACUUAUCUGGUCAUGAUGGUCGUUUUCCCGAAUUCCUGUGUUCUUUCAAAAACUUGCGAUAUCUCGACCUCUCGUUGUUGUCGUUUGCGAGCAGACUGCCUGCUCAACUUGGCAACCUUUCCACGUCACUGGAAUACCUUCACCUCAAUAACGCAUACUCUUUGCCGAGUGAGGUGCCGCCUCAGCUCGGUAACCUCUCAAACCUGCGACAUCUUGGUCUCGCUUCUGAUUAUUUGUACACAACCGAUAUCUCAUGGUUAGUUCGUCUUCAUCAGCUUGAGUUUCUUGAGAUGGCCGACAUAAAUCUAAGUACAAUAGAUAAUUGGCCUCUUGUGGUAAACAUGAUUCCAUCUCUGAAGUCUCUCUCCCUUUGGAACUGCUCCCUUCCCAGAGCAAACCAAUCGCUCACUCACAUAAACCUCACAAAACUUGAGAGGCUUGAUUUAUCCACGAACUACUUUGGGCACCCAAUUGCAUCCAGUUGGUUUUGGAACAUAACAAGCAUUCAACGCCUCGAGCUAAGUUCAACCUAUCUUUACGGUCCUUUCCCUGAUGCACUAGGACGAAUGACGUCCCUCUUUGACCUGGAAUUUUCGGAAAAUGGAAACUCAGCCACGAUGACAUUAGACUUGAGAAAUCUAUGUGAAUUGCGUUAUCUGUGGCUCGAUGGGAGCCUAUCAUCUGGGAACAUAACAGAGUUCAUAGAGAAGUUGCCACAAUGUUCUUCUAGCAAAUUAUACCUCCUAAGUUUGAGUGACAAUAAUAUGACAGGAAUAAUGCCACAGGUAAUGGGGCACUUAACCAGCUUAGCUGCUCUUAGCCUAUCUAACAACAGCAUUAGUGGAUCUAUAUCACCAGGGCUACAGAAUUUCACUAGUUUGGAGGUAUUAUCUCUCAGUUCCAACCACCUUAGUGGCCAGAUACCAUUGCUGCCAAGAGGCCUUGAAAUAUUGGAGGUCUCCAUGAACUUCUUGUCUGGGCAUUUUCACUUCGGAGCUCCAAAUAUUAAAGUACUAAUUCUAUCCUCUAAUAAAAUUAGUGGUCCUAUUCCUGAAAAGUUUUGUGAGUUGCAAUAUCUACAUGACUUGGAUUUGUCAAACAAUUCUUUCGCGGGAGAACUUCCUAUAUGUUCUUCGAUGCCAUCCCUACGCUCCUUGCUCCUAAGUAACAACGAAUUUUCUGGAAAGUUCCCAUCCAUGGUCCAAACCCUCUCCAGUCUAAUUUUGCUUGAUCUUUCAUGGAACAAAUUCGAUGGGACAUUACCAAUAUGGAUCGGACAUCUGGCAGAGCUGCGAUUCCUAGAUCUGAGCCACAACAUGUUAUAUGGGAGUAUUCCAGUGAAUAUCACACAUCUUAGACAACUUCAACUCUUGAAUUUAUCAUUCAACAAUAUAUCAGGAUCAAUUCCUCAGUCAUUAUCAAAGCUAAUGGCAAUGACAAAAACGCAUAUGCCCGGACCUAUAACUACUAAUAGAUUUGAUUGGUACAUAGGUUGGGUAAAUUAUGAGUUCUUGUCUGCAGUGACGAAGCAUCAACAACACAAGUAUGCCGAAAAAAGUAUUUUUUAUAUUGUUGACAUCGACUUGUCUGUCAAUCAUUUAACCGGAGGAAUUCCAGAUGAAAUGGCUUCUCUUGACGGAUUGAGAUACUUAAAUUUGUCAAGGAAUUGCUUGAGAGGAAACAUUCCAAAGAAUAUUGGCGCUAUGGAAUUAGUGGAAUCAGUUGACUUCUCAUGGAAUAGUCUUUCUGGGGAAAUCCCUGCAAGCUUGUCAGACUUGACAUUUUUAAGUGUCUUGGACUUGUCAUAUAACAAUCUAUCAGGAAGAAUACCGUCUGGGCGUCAGCUUGAGACCGUCUACGACAACAACCCAACUAUAUAUGAUGGGAAUAAUAAUCUCUGUGGACCCCCUCUUCAGAGAAACUGCUCAUCAGGAAAUAGUGAUCCUAAGCAUGGUAAUGAACAGGCAAGCGGAGAGAAUUCAGAAUCAUUGUUCUUUUACUUCGGACUUGUAUCAGGGUUCGCAGUUGGCCUCUGGGGGGUGCUGUGUGCUCUACUCUUCAAGAAGCCAUGACGAAUUGCUUUUAUCCAGUAGCAUAUUUAUUGUUGUGUAAUCAUACAUCAUCAUUUGAAUUUGAGGCCGGCACUCUGUUGGGGUCGGAUAUAAUAAUAACAUGUGGGAUUGCAUGUGGUCA